AUGUCUGAUUUGAAUUCUCAAUACAACACGAACUCGACGCUUUGGGGGAUUCUAGAAAAUGAACAACAAUAUUAUGAACCAAGUAUAUCUGAUAAUUCUCAAUCUUUUUACUUUGAAGAGGAUAAUGAAACUUUACCCAUAGAUCAGAUCAAUGAAAAUCAAAAACGUUCAAAUCCAUAUAUGCAUUCGGGAGGCUUUGAUGAUCAUGAAAGGGCUGUUAAAAUGGCUAAACUUGAUGAAUCAGAAUUAUCAACAUACGGUGAAUCAGAAUUAUUAAAUUAUAGAGAUCCAAAUUUAUCUUCGUGUAGUGAAUCGGAUUUAUCAUUAUAUGGUGAUCCAGGUUUGUCAUCAUAUGGUGAUCAGGGUUUGUUUACGUAUGGCGGUCAAAGUUUUUUGUCAUCAUAUGAGGAACCAGAGUUGUCUAGCUUUGAUUAUCUUUUGGCGCCUUUCAUAGAUAGUACAUCUUUGUAUAAACAAGAUGAUAUUGACGGUCAACUACUUUUACAAGAUAUUAGACCAUAUAUUAUUGAUGGACAACUAUCUUCACAAGAAAUUGAUGAACAACUACCUUUACAAGAGAUUAAGCCGUGUAAUAUUGUUGAACAACCAUCAUUACAAAUGGUCGAACAGUAUGAGAUUAAUAAGCAACCAUCCUUACAAGUAGCUAAACAAUACGUGGCUGAAGAACAAGCGACUACUCAAUAUGAAGUUGAAGAGCAACCUCAUUUACAAGAAAUUAAUCAGUAUGAAGCAAAAGAACAUGCAUCUUUACAAGAUAUUAAACCGCUUCAAGUAGAAGAUCAUCCAUCUUUAAAUGUGAUUAAACAGUAUGACAUUAGUGAUCAUUCACCAUUACAAGAGGUUAAACGUUUUGAAUUAAAUGACAAAUCUCCUUUACAAGAAAUUACUCAAUACAAUGUUAAUGAUCAAUUAUCUUUACAAGAUACUAAACAAUACGAUAUUAAUGAUCAUUUUUCUUCACAAAGAGCUAAGCAACAUGAAAUUGAUGAACAAUCGUCUCUACAAGAUAUUAAACCGUAUGUGAUUGAAGAAAAACCAUCUUUACAAGAUAUUAAGCCGUAUUCUUUACAAAAUCUUAAAUAUGAAGUUGUUGAACAAUCUUUACAAGAUAUUAAACCGAACAAUAGUUUAAUCUCAUCUUUAAAUUUAUCUCAACAUUCUUUAUUUAGUCCCAAUCGUAACCCUUUAUUUUCCACUGUUAAUAAUCCCAUAUUUCCCGCCGUUAAUGCAAUUCAAAAUCCAAAUAACAUUUUAUCUCAAAACAAUAAUAGUCCUUUACCAUCCAAUGUUAAUAAUUUAUUAUUCAAUUUCAACAAUUCUCCUUUACCUAAUGAAAUUAAGCCAAAUAUAUUCGAAAACAGACCAGGAACUUAUUCAAAAUCUAUAAAUCUUCAAGAUCUUUUGGAGAUGAUACCUCUGGAUGAAUCCAAUAAAACUCCUGUAUCCGAAGCAAUGCGUAAAAUAAAUGCUCGCAAAGGAAUUGUUCCUGGUUUAUCUAUACAAUUAAUGGAUCAUCAAGUAAUCGGUGUUUCUUGGAUGGUGGAUCAAGAAAUAAAAGACAAAGUUAGAGGUGGUAUUCUCGCUGAUGACAUGGGAUUAGGCAAGACUAUCCAAACAAUUGCAACCAUAGUGAUCAAUCGUCCUGAUACGAAAAAAUCGAAAUCCUCGAAAUCGACUUUGAUAGUUGCUCCAACAGCUCUUAUUUAUCAAUGGAAAAGUGAAAUUUUAAGUAAAACUGACCAAGGUCUAUUUGAAGUACAUGUAUAUCAUGGUCAGAAUAAAGCGAGUUAUCAUAAUUUGAAAAAAUAUGACAUUGUGAUUACAACCUAUCAAACUCUCCUUCGUGAAUGUCCCGAAAGUGAUGAUGGUGAUAAGGGUUCUUUGUUUAGAAUGAAUUGGUAUAGAGUGGUUUUGGACGAGGCUCAGAAUAUUAAAAAUCGUAACUCACGUGCGAGUAAGGCAUGCGCUUUGUUAUCGAGCACUUAUCGAUGGUGUUUAACUGGUACUCCAAUUCAAAAUCACAUCGAUGAUCUUUAUCCUUAUUUCCGCUUUCUCGAUAUUUCAAAUUUUUCGGAUUGGCAAACGUUUCAUGAGCAAUUUAGUUCUGCAUCACAAAGAGCUAUUCAAAGAGCGCAAACUGUUCUUCGUGGGUUCCUUCUGCGUAGGACCAAAGAUUCUAAAUUGGACGGAAAACCGCUGUUGGUUCUUCCUGAAAAAACUGUGUCUUUUGUUAAACAAGAAUUUUCACGUGAUGAAAGAGAAUUUUAUGACGCUCUCGAAAAACGAUCAAGAAUAGCGUUUAAUCGUUAUCUAAAAGAAGGUUCCGUUUUGAAGAAUUAUGCAUAUAUUCUUGUAAUGUUAUUGCGUUUACGUCAGGCAUGCAAUCAUCCAUUUUUGACACAAGAAGAUAUCGGACACGUUAUUACAUCAGCUGAUGACUCUAGAAUGUCACAUAGUUCAUCUUCAAAUUCUAAUUUCCGUGAUAAAGAUAUACCUAGUCAACUUGAACGAGCUAAAAAACUUUUUUCUGAUAAAGUUAUUACUCGGUUGUUUGAAAAAUAUAAAGAUAAUAGUGCUAACGAUGAUUGUCCAAUUUGUUAUGAUAUUAUUGACAAUGGAAUUGUAACGACAUGCGGUCACGUUUUUUGCUUGGACUGCAUUAAGAAUGCUAUUGACUCGGAAAAUAAAGAAAAUGUUAUUGAUGUUGAAGAUAGAAAGUGUCCCUUUUGCCGUUCUCCAAUAAAGGAACGCGACUUUAUUAAUUUAGAAGUGUUUAUUCCACCUGUAAAAAAUGAACUACAUGAUGAUGACGACGACAUUGAACUUCCUACUCUAGACGAGGUCAUUUCAAGUUCUUUUAGUGGAUCCGAUGAUAUCUCAUUAUCUUCUAAAAAAGAAGAUUCCGAAAAAAACAUUGAUCUUCCUAAUAUUAGUGGAACCAACAACACAUUUGCUAAUGCACCUGAAGGUUUAUUCUUGUCUUCUACGAAAAUUGAUCAAUUAAUGAAAGAAUUAGCUCUUGCACAACAAGAAGACCCUGGAUGUAAAACGAUUGUUUUCUCACAAUGGACUUCGAUGCUGGAUUUAGUCGAAAAACCUAUUAAAGACGUCGGAUACAAAUUUUGCAGGUAUGACGGUACUAUGGAUGUUAAGGAACGUGAUAAUUCUUUACAAAAAUUGAUACAAGAUGCUGAAGUUACAAUUAUGCUUGUUUCUUUGAAAGCUGCCGUUGAAGAUCAAGCGAUCGAUCGUGUUCAUCGUAUUGGACAAUUCAAGAAUGUUAUUAUAAAGCGACUGACUAUAAAGGACACUAUUGAAGAUCGUAUUUUAAUUCUUCAGGAUAAAAAGCGAGAGUUAGCUGCAGGCGCUUUAGGAGAAGGAAGCAUUAAAGUCGGAAGAUUAACAGUAGAGGAUUUAAUAUUUCUAUUCCGUUAG